AAGGGUGUGCGGGUGCUAAUUGGCCGGGGCGACGGCCCCGCCUGCGAGUGGCGGGCGGUCACGUGACGCGACGGCUGGGGGCUCCCGGCGCGGGGGACGCUGGUGGCCAAGAUGGCGGCGGAGCUGGUGGAGGCCAAAAACAUGGUGAUGAGCUUCCGAGUCUCCGACCUUCAGAUGCUCCUGGGCUUCGUCGGCAGGAGUAAGAGUGGACUUAAACACGAACUUGUCACCCGGGCCCUUCAGCUGGUCCAGUUUGACUGUAGCCCCGAGCUCUUCAAGAAGAUCAAGGAGCUCUAUGAGACACGCUAUGCCAAGAAGAGCUCAGAGCCCGUCUCCCAGCCCCACCGGCCCCUGGACCCCCUGACCAUGCACUCGACCUAUGACCGGGCCAGCACAGUGCCCAGGACUCCCCUCACAGGCCCCAACAUUGACUACCCUGUGCUCUAUGGGAAGUACUUAAAUGGACUCGGACGGUUGCCUGCCAAGACCCUCAAGCCAGAAGUGCGCCUGGUAAAGCUGCCCUUCUUUAACAUGCUAGAUGAAUUGCUGAAGCCCACCGAACUGGUUCCACAGAACAAUGAGAAGCUUCAAGAGAGCCCGUGCAUCUUCGCAUUGACGCCCAGACAGGUGGAGCUGAUCAGGAACUCCAGAGAACUGCAGCCUGGGGUCAAGGCCGUGCAGGUCGUCCUAAGAAUCUGUUACUCAGACACCAGCAGCCCUCAGGAGGACCAGUACCCACCCAACAUUGCUGUGAAGGUCAACCACAGCUACUGCUCAGUCCCGGGCUACUACCCCUCGAAUAAGCCUGGAGUGGAACCCAAAAGGCCCUGCCGCCCCAUCAACCUCACCCACCUCAUGUACCUGUCCUCAGCCACCAACCGAAUCACCGUCACCUGGGGGAACUACGGCAAGAGUUACUCGGUGGCCUUAUAUUUGGUGCGGCAACUGACCUCCUCAGAGCUGCUGCAGAGGUUGAAAACCAUCGGGGUCAAGCAUCCGGAGCUGUGCAAGGCGCUGGUCAAAGAGAAGCUUCGCCUGGACCCUGACAGCGAGAUUGCCACCACUGGUGUGCGGGUCUCCCUCAUCUGCCCUCUGGUGAAGAUGCGGCUGUCUGUGCCCUGCCGGGCGGAGACCUGCGCCCACCUGCAGUGCUUCGACGCCGUCUUCUACCUCCAAAUGAAUGAGAAGAAGCCUACCUGGAUGUGCCCUGUGUGUGACAAGCCGGCCCCCUACGACCAGCUCAUCAUAGAUGGGCUUCUCUCCAAGAUCUUGAGUGAGUGCGAGGAUGCGGACGAGAUCGAGUACCUGGUGGACGGCUCCUGGUGCCCGAUCCGAGCCGAGAAGGAGCGCAGCUGCAGCCCCCAGUGCCCCAUCCUCGUGCUCGGCACCUCAGAUGCCAAUGGGCUCCUGUCCAGCCCCAGCGUCAACGGUGGCAGCGGCGGCACGCUCGGGGGCUCCGGAGGUGGAGGCAGCACGGCGGGCAGCGCUGAGAAUGGGAAACCAGGAGCUGACGUGGUAGACCUCACGCUGGAUAGCUCCUCGUCCUCAGAGGAAGAGGAGGAUGAGGAGGAAGAUGAGGAGGAUGAGGACGAGGAUGGCCCCCGGCCCAAGCGCCGCUGCCCUUUCCCCAAGGGCCUGGUGUCGGCCUGCUGACCGCUCACCGCCACCACCUGGCUGGAUACUUAACUUUCCUGGUGCUUACCACACAGAGGGGCACAGGCGGGCCUUGGGGUGCAGAGGGAGGAGUGAUUUUUUUUCUUUUUAUUGUUGUUCAUAUGGUUUUCCACCCCUUUCCCUGGACCCUGGCACCUGUACCUCUGGACUCUCCUAUUGGAGGAUUAAAAAGUAAAAUCAAAAAAAAA